AUGCUGCGGCUUGUGUCUGUGUACCUGAACGCGCUCUUUAUCUUCUACUCAUCGCUGUCCGCGUCGGUCCACGCCGUCGACGAGAAGACGUUGGUCAAUGGAGCCUCCAACCGGCGAGGAUACUCCAAGGGGGAGCUGAUGCCCGUCAGCUGCCUGAACAGAACCAUCGACACCGGGGAACAUAUCACCGAUGACCACGGGAAUCUCCAAUAUAUACCGUUUCCCACAUGCAACGAGACAGGCCAGCCGCUGGCAUUCAAGUACAACGAGCCACAGACCCAGACCUGCACUAUUGAUUCCUUGCCCGAUGAACUCUACCACCUCCUCGAGUACUUUGUCCACAGCGACGUGCCCCUGACCUGUCGUGUCCCUUCGUUUCCUUUGACGCAAGAAGAGCUUGGAAUUACACCUUCCCUCCCCGAAGCGAGUGGGAUGGGUGCGGAAAAGGGCCUCUGGACUCCCUUUACGAUCGCGCUACAGGGAACCCUUCAGCUCAGCCACCUGCAUCUACACACGAACAUCAAUGCCCUCUUCCACAUGUCUCAGGACUCGGAUGCCGCGCGGGCUUCCUCGCAACCGUCAUAUCUGAUUGCUUCCACAGCGUAUUCCCUUCCCAACACUUCGUCCUUGGCGCCCAUUGAGGGUGCCAAAAUUGUUCGCAAUGAACCCUUGGUCCUUACUUUCAACGUCGGUUGGAUAGACGGAGCGGUCUUACCUGGUAUGGUUGGACGGCCGGUCCUGAAGGUGACCGAUCACAGCAUCGGCUUCUCAUUGCUGAGCUUCUUCGCUCUGGCUGCCAGUGCUGGGGUGGGAGCCAUGGCAAUGCUUGUGUACGAGAGAAGGAAAAGUGGGCGAAGUGGGAUUUAUAGUAAUGGGAUUUUGGGGGGUAACGUGGGAAACGGAAUGGCGAGAAGCUCCGGCUACGGAGGGUACGGCGGAUACACCAGCAAUAUUGGCAAGAGGGACUGA